ACCAGAGAUACGUAACACCACGUAUCCAAUCACAAAAGACCACGAUCACCAUGAACGGGAGGACUUAUGAGUUUUGUUAAAAAAAAGUGUUUACGAGAGUAAAAUUGUCAUAGUUGUGACUUAAGUGUUGUGUCAGUUGGAUGUGUGCGUGAUGGAUUGCUAUCAGCAAUCGAGUCUGCGUGUUUGUACAGCAUGGAUUGUUUUGAUGAUUUUAGACCUGAAAUUAGAUUGGUCGGAGGGUGCGUCUCAGGCUGAAAUCAACAAACACCUCGAAAUGGGAAGAGAUUUUUUGAGUCGUGGUCAGCUUCAGGAUGCAUUGUCUCAUUAUCAUGCAGCAGUAGAGGGCGACCCGAACAACUACCUGACCCACUUCAAGCGAGCGACUGUGUACCUAGCGCUUGGAAAAUCAAAGUUUGCGCUUCAGGACCUAGACAGGGUGUUGGAACUGAAGCCAGACUUCACUGCAGCUAGGCUUCAGCGAGGAGUGGUUCACUUGAAACAAGCUCAGCUGGACGAAGCGGAACGCGACUUCAGCGCGGUGCUCAGCAUGGAAGAGAGCGACGAGGCUUAUCAUAACCUGAUGCGAGUCACGCCCACUCGCCACGACAUCGAGCUGGCGAAGGCGUACAUCAGGGGCCGAGACUUCAUCGCUGCCGUCGAGUUGCUGACCAAAAUCAUAGAGGUGUGCCCGUGGUCAUCGGAGCUGCGUGAGCUUCGGGCCGACUGCCAUGCAGCGCUCGGCAACAUCCCGUCCGCCAUCUCGGACAUCCGCUCCACCACCAAGCUGCAGUCGGACAACACCGUCGGCUACUUCAAGCUGGCGACCCUGCACUACCAGCAGGGCAACGCCGAGGAGAGUCUCAAGGAAGUGCGUGAGUGCUUGAAGCUGGACCCGGAGCACAAGGACUGUUUCCCGCACUACAAGAAGGUGAAGAAGGUGGACAAGCAUCUCACGGACUGCCGGCAAGCAGUCGAGGCGAAGGACUUCCAGAGCUGCAUAAAUGCGGCCAAGAAGGUGCUGGUCGUGGAGCCCAAAGUGCCGAUGGUGGUGUUCGAGGCGAAGCGCAAGCUGUGCCACUGCUACCUGCACGGCGACCAGCUGUCCCUCAGCGUGCAGAGCUGCACCGAGGCGCUCCAGCUGAGCCGCAGUCCCGACGUGCUGUGCGACCGCGCCGAGGCCUAUAUCAACUCCGACCAGUUCGACGACGCAAUCAGGGACUACCACGAGGCCAUGGAGAUAGACGAGAACUUUGCGCGAGCCAAGGACGGCAUGACUCGAGCACAGAAGCUCCAGAAGCAGUCGGAGAGGCGGGAUUACUACAAGAUCCUUGGUGUCACACGCAGUGCCAGCAAGCAGGAAAUCAUCAAGGCGUACAGAAAAGCUGCCCAGAAGUGGCACCCAGACAACUACCGGGGCGAGGAGAAGAAGAAAGCGGAAAAGAAGUUCAUAGACAUAGCAGCGGCCAAAGAAGUGCUCACGGACCCCGAGAAGAGGCAGCAGUUCGACCGGGGCGACGACCCGCUCGACCCAGAGUCCCAGCAGCAGAACCAGGGGUUCAACCCCUUCGCCCAGCACCACUUCCACGGCAGCCCCUUCCAGUUCAAGUUCCACUUCAACUGAGGGCGCCGGCCCCCGCGCGCUCGUGGGCAACUAACUACCGUACUUCUCCCUCCCCUCCCGACCCUGGAGGGAGUGUCCGGCGUGUGCACGGAGCUCGUUUGCGCACAUCUCGAUGAGCGGUCGAGACCGAGCUGUCCCCUCGUCGUGAGUUCACUACCGACCAAUCAUGCCGCUGACGGAGAAGCAUUACCAAAUGGUCCAACUACUUGGACCAACCGUGCAGAAAUUUCACAAAUUAGUGUCGGGUCGGUUCCAAAAGAAUUCCGAUUCUGGAUUUAGAUUCUGAUUCAUCAGAUUCCAUAUUCUUUAUGAUCAUGCAUGUCUGGCUCCUCCUAUUUGUGUAUGCUAAGAUACAUAAACCUGUUUGUUAUUUACUAAUGUAAUUACAAAUUAUAUUUAUUAUUUACUUACAGCACUUUAAUUUCAUUUAAGUACCACAGAGCUACAAAAUAAAUUAAAUUGUGCAGUAAGACUUAAAAUUUAAAUCACUGGAGUUAAUAAAAAAUAUGUAUUAAAAUUAAUAAAAAUAUUAGUAAAGUUUCUGUAUUUUUUACUCUGUGACACAUUUUUUUAAUUGACUAAAUUAAAAAUUGGGAGGUACCUUGUUCACAACUUAAUGAAUGCAAUUUUGUGGCAAUGACACGUGUAGUAAGACAGUGUUUAUUUUUAAUAACUUUUGUUAUUACAUAAAUUGGCUGAUUGUGAUGUCAGUGUUCAUUAGUUUAUGAAUUAUAGCUUUUGAUAAUCUGUUUUUAAAUGAAUCCUAAUAAUUGAAUCAUGUUUUUCUGACAAAAGACAAUCCUAGUGUAUCAAAUGGAAAUAAAAAAUAAAAAUAAUAUAAAAAAAAUUUCAAAUAAUUUUAUAGUUAUGUGACAGGCUAAUUAAUUCAUCAUAAUCUUGACUAACCAAAAAUCGAUAUUCAUUACCCAAGACUCUGUUUAAAUAAAAUAUUUAAAAAAAUAAAAUAAAUUGAACAAGAAUCCAUAAAAUUGGCCCAGUGGCCAAUGGAAACAAUAUUAGAUGUAAAAUCUUGUUUAAUAAGGAAUUGCUCGAUUAAUGGAAAAUUUCCCAAAUACUCCUGUGAAAAUCCUCACUUACGGUUUAAACAUACCAUCUUUGGUGCCCCACCAAACAUGUUAGUCCGAAUUUCAAAAUUUUGCUGUAGAGUAAUUGUCAAGCAUCUAUCCCACAACCAAUGGGUGCAGAAUACUUUGAUACUGUUGGAAUUUAUGGAAUCGACCCAACGCUUAAACCUAUAACAAAUUUGACUUUGUCUGAUUGUAUUUUAUUGUGGCACAGCAGUUUUUUUUAUUUUUUGUAUUGUAUUCUGAAAUUGAUCAUCACAGAUUUUAGUUUUUCAUAUGUAUAAUCCUUUAUUCUUUUUUUUAUAUAGAAAAUAUGGUUAUUUUAUUUUAGGCAUUUUUACUUGAAGUAAUUACUAAAGCAUCACAAAAUUUAUAUUUGUGACUAAGCAUUCAUUAUAUACUAUGUGCAAAAAUUUAUAUCUUUUAAAAUUGGAAAUGAGGAAUGUGCAUGUACCUGAAAUUUCCUUGUAUCUGUUUAAAUACCAGGCGGUUUAUAACCUAAUGGAUUAAAUGUUAUGGUCUCUAUACAUGUCAAAUAUUAAAAUUUCAAGUCUAAAAUAUGGGUAAUUUAUAGACAUUUAUAAAUGUAUUUUGUUUCAAAUAGGUAUAACUUAUGCUUAAAUACCUACUAUACCUGACUUGAUGUAAGUUUUUGGACAUACGCCAUUGCAAUGGCGUAUGUCCAAAAACUUUCAUCAAGUCAUGCACUCCCAUUGCACAAAUCUUUCAAAGAUAAUACCUACUAUACCUACUUACACAUGUAUAGUCCCAAUAUAUUUUCAUUAAAAAUUUAAGUGGGGACUUAAUACGAAACACAGCAUGUAUUACCACCUCGUAGUCAGCACAACCUGUUUAUAAAUUAUUAAUGUUCAAUUGUAAGUGCCUUUUUGGUCCGAGAAUAUUGUACUGAUAAUAUUAUUUAUUUGUGCCAAUUGCUGUUGGACUUCAACAUAACGUUUCGAUCAUUUUCACUCCGAAGAUAGUGAAAGGCAGCACACAAUGCAAGCUGCAGUGAUGUGUUGAACUGGUGUCUCAUUUCUAGCCACCUGCAGCUGUGGUCUGGUUGGUGCAUGCAUAGUAGCGUCAGUAUCAAUUGCUUGUCGGUGUGGGGGCCGAGUAGCAUAGGUUUCAUCUGCACAUACAACAGUCCAAAAAAUGUAAACCAUAUGUUUACUAGUAUUAACCAGCCAUCUUUUGAUCGAGAAGUUUACUAUUAUAGUAAAGCGAUGCUCAGUAUUGCAGAUUUUUGUACAAAUGUCGCACAUUGUGGUUUCUUUUAAUUUAUCUCAAAUUUACAGUCGGCACAUUAUAAUCCGGCAUUCUUCGGUUCUGCGCAUUCUUUAAUUUGGCGCCGAUCAGAGCCACUUGUGUUCAGAUUAUUUCGGUUAGAUUCUGGCAUUUUUUUUUUACUUCGACUGCCAAGUUGUGCCACUGCACUGCCCACAAGUUUAUUUCCCCCCCAACUAAAAUUCUGAAGAACUCAUAAAUUAUGUCUUUAAUGAUCAUAAUGAUUUUUUGAAAAGGAGAUCCAUAUCAGGGAUGCAACAUUAUGUUAGACUUCUUUAGCCCACAUUUUCAAUUUUUCUUUGACGUUCCAAGUAAAAUUAUAUUUACCUUUGUUAAUCCGGCAAAAUUGCUUAUCCAGCAAUGAUGUGGUUUUCAAAGCGCUUGAUUAAAGAGAUUUUUACUGUAAUGUUUUUUAAUUGAGUGCCAAGACCAGUAAUACCAAUCAGUAAAGGUUCCAAUCAGAAACUGAAUAUCAAGGUAUUGCAAACUCAUAUUAGAAAAAAUUUUAACAUCUUAUUUCAUAUUAUGUUCUGUGGUCUAAUGAUGAAUGUUUCUAUCCUUUGAAAGAUUUUUAAUUUUGAGGUUUUUGUAAGUUGAUGUGUUUAUUGCAGAGCUGUUAGCUGUUUCCUGCUUCCAUUCUGUAUAAUGGUUUUUACAGGUAUAAUGUAAUUUUUCAUCUGUAACAAGAAUUUUCUGUAAAGUCAAAACCAGAAUAUGCAAAUUUUAAAAUUGUAGCAGUCUUCCUGGUGGGGUCUUGUUUAUAUUGUGUAUGGAAUAAUGAAUUGUCUGUUUUGUGUGUGUUUCAAGCUGGAAAGUAAUUUAAAACAAAACAAAAAAUUCAUAAAUUCAAACUUGCACUUCGAACUUGGAAAAGUGUAAUGUAAAUACUGUAUCUCUUAAUUUGUGAUGGAAGAAUAUGUUAGGAAAUUAAUUGAAUAGUUUUAAAAAUAAAAUAUACACUAAGCCACAGACUACCCAAAGUAGUAUUUUUGGGAAUAUUUUGUAAACCACAUUUUUUUUUAAUGUGUUAUGGACAUCAUUAUAUUUUUGUUUCUUAACAUGAAAAUUGCAUUAAGAUUGGUAAUAAUCUAAUAAUACAGGCUGGACAGUUUCAAUGGUAUAUUAUAACAGUUUAAUUUAGACUAUUUACAACAAAUAAUACAUCAAAUUGAAGGAACUAACCUAGGUUUUCUUACAAAUGUUCAGUAUGUGCACCUUUACUUAUACAGCACACAUCCAAUAUAACGUCCAGUUCAUCCAACACUUUGGUUAACACGUCCAGAGUAAUGGAAUUCUUCAAUUAUGUGUCUCAAAUCUGACAACUCAUUAGGUAGCAACGGAACGUACAUACAAUCUUUUAUAAAGCCCCAAAGGAAAAAAUUGCAUGGCAUUAUGUCAGGUGAACGUGGAGGCCAAUGAAAAAGAGCUGUGUCUUCUCGACCAUUACACAGAAUCCAACGGUCGGGGACUUAGACGUUCAACCACUCUCGUACAAGGAGAUUCCAAUGGGGAGGGACUCCAUCCUGUUGCCAAGUAAUGUUUAAAGGUUCACUGUCUACUAAUUGGGGAGAGAGCCAUUCUUUUGUGCUGCAAGUGAGAAAACAACAAAGCAGUAUUUGUGCAUGCGCUUUUGUAAAACUGUUUGAGUUAUUCUAUAAUUGUGACCUUAAACACACACAAUACAAGGCUCAUAGUUGAUAUAUUAAAUUUUAUAAAUGGGACAUAUUUUAUGAACAUAAUGUACUACACCCCCUUUCCCCACACACACUUUUUCCCAUGGUCUGUCUCUUAGCGAGGUUGCUUGAGACAGGAACACACAAUAACAUGGACCAAGAAUAUUUAGGAAGGAAUCAGCCAUGAUAGCCUUUAGUAAGGACAUCCCAGCAUUGGCCUGCAAUGAUUCCCGGAAAUCAGGACGGCCAAAUUGGGAUACAAUCCCGGUUACUCUGUAAUGCAAGUAUAAUGUCUUACGAUGGUGCCACCUCUAACCGUAUUCUAUGUAAAUAUCAUUUUAGUUUUAAAUCUCGGUCUUGCACGCAAUGUUGAUUAUUUGUUUUUUUUUCAUUGCUUUUUUUUUCCAGAGGGUUGUUUCUAAAUGUUUAACUCAGUACCUCCCAACAGAUAUUUACUUAAUGUAAUAUCAUGUACAUAGUAUAGUGUGAUAUCACGCACCUUUUUAAACCCACAAUAUUACGCUAAGUGAAAAUAUCUGUUGAAAAUAUUUGUGACCCAAAAUCAAAUGCAAGGGAGGUAUCAUGUAAAAAUUUUAUAAAUUUCCCUUGAAAAAAGUAAUGAAGAGAAAACAAAAAAUCAACAUAGCUUUUGAGACAGAGCCUAAAUAUUAUAUGUUAGUUUGUAAGAUACCUUCAUGUGAUUGUGAAACUUUUUUUUUUCCAGAGGGAUUUUUCAUGUGUGUCUUCAGAAAGGUUAUGACAAUAUUCCAAUGUUCGUAUCUGAUUUCUUAUGCAUAUACAGAGAUUAUGCUAAGUGCAGCUCACACUUAAAAGGUGGAUGCAGUAGUUUCUUGCAGAAUUCAAGCACUUCCUCAACUUACACUUUCUGUUUUCAAUGUAUCCAUUAAGCACUUAGUGUGUAAUUUUAUUUGUAGUUUUUGAGCUCAGUAGCCACAGUCACUCUUUACGGAAUAACUGGUCCAGCUUGUAACCACAACAGAAGUUCACAUUGAAUUAACUUAGGCUUUUUUUGUGCUAGUGCAAGUUUGUGUGACUUCACAGUAAAGUAGCAAGUGAUUACUGUAAAAUAUACAUCUGCUUUUGACAUACAUAGUUUCAUGGCAAUAUUAAAAAGUGUUUUGAGCAGAAUUUUUUUUUGUCAUUAAAUUUGAAAAAUGUUGAAAGUUACAUGCUGAUUUUAACUUUCUUAGCAAAAUUACUACUUGUAAAAAAUUUUUUUUUUAUUGUUUAUUAUUAUCACCAUUAUGAAUAUAAGAAGCACUAAAAAAACAUGUACUAAUAAUUGUGUCAAUUUUAACCUUUUUGAACCCCUGUGUAUUUUAUUAGUUUUAUUUCCAAUCAUUGUAUAUUUUUUACUGGAUGUUAUAAACUGCACUGCCACAGAAAUCAAUUUGCCUAUAUAAUUAAUAUUUGUCAUAUAUUUUCAAGUAUUUGGAAUACAAGACUUUUAAUUGUUUCAUGUGCAGCAUAGAAAUGUGGAUUUGGUAGGUUUAUUUUCUUUCGUAAUCUUCUCCAAAAUCAUAGUUCUACAUCAAAUAUGAUAAUAUACAUAUUUACAUAUCCUAAAAUCCACAAGGUUACCAACUACCACAAGUAAGUGCUGUACAUGUAAUAUAUACAUAUUCCUGUCUAUUGUAUCUGCUGGUAAGACAGUCUAUUAUGGAUGAAACAGUGUUUUAUUAUAAUUAUGCUAGAAUUGUGUAAGUGUAAGUAUUUAAAUUGGUUACUUCCAACACUCAUGAAUUUUUUUUAAUUUGACUCUGUGCCAUAACAACAAAUUGACAUAAAAUCUGGUCGACGUGUGGGAUUUUCGAUUUUGGACUUGAGAAGUGUGAAAUGUACAAACUUGAAACUUACUAUUUAUCGUAACGAGUGAACCGUCUUUGAAAUGGUUCUAUGAACUAGUCUCCUGCGACUAAUACGAGUAUCCGUCAGGACGGAUGCUUCACUUGUGUGAUAUUUAUAAUGGUGUGUGUUGGAAAGCUUGUGUUGCCGUUAUGUUUGAAGUUGUGCAUGAUGUAGCAUUAUGUAAAUAUUAUAUUAAAUAUUUUGUUGAAUAAAAAUUCAUAUUUUGUAUUGUUGAA